GCUCUUUCUUUGCUGUAACUCUGCUGCUGCCGCCUCCACAGCGAUGCGUGUUGCAUUAACGCCGAGGUGAAGAGUGGGAGGGAGAGGGCAAACCGAGAGGUACGAGAGGAUGGAGAGAGCUGCAGAGGAAAAGAGUGUGUGGGAGACUGAGCAAAGGAUAGAUAGAUAGAUAGAUAGAUAGAUAGAUAGAUAGAUAGAUAGAUAGAUAGAUAGAUAGAUAGAUUUAAGUAAAUUGGAUCAGAAAAUAGAAAUCUUGGUGAAUAAAGGGUAAAGAAGGGAGACGGAGAAAGAACAGAUGGAGAUGGAAAGAGGGAAUUUUGUGGCUCUGAAGCCUUUAAAGCCCUUAAAGCUGCAAAUAGGAGGCAGAGAGAAGGAGAGGAAGAGAGGAGCGAUGGAGGGAGGCUGAAGGGAGGUAAAUAAAAACUGGAAGGGAGAGAGCAGGAGGAGGAGGGUUUGCGUCGGUGUGUUGGUUGGCAGAGAGCGCUUGUCAAAAAAAGAGAAAGAAAAAAGCUUCCUCUGACAGAAGGCAUGAUUCACAGCAGAGAGGGAGGGAGAGGAACGCCAGAAAAACAGAGCUACGGCGGAGGAAGAGGAGCAAGAGGAGGAAGACGAAGAGGAUGCAGCAGAGGAGCAGAAGAUGCUGAAGACGAGAGCAGAGAGCCGGAUUCACAGACGGCUUCAGCGACCGAGACGACGAUGACGAGGGCAACAACAACGGCAACGGCAAGGUAAUUGUGGUUCGACUGGUUCUGAGCGACUUCAUCCAACUUUCCUCCUCUGAGGUUCUGAUGUCAUCAGAGGGAAUCAUCCGUCAUUCCAGCUCCUGCUCCAGGAUCCAAGCAGCUUCCAUUGGAAACUAUGUCAUCAGGCUUAAUCCAACUUCACCCCCCCCCACCCCCCACACACACACACACACAGCUCUGUCAGUGUGUGAGCGCGGCUGAGACGUUAAUCAUCAAACAGCAGCAGAAUGAGAGGAGCAGGUCUGACUGGAUCCAAUCCUUUGUCGUUUCUUGUCUCUUGACCAACAUUUUGCUGGAAAGACAUUUAACUGGCUCUAAUCAGGAUAGGGGAACAAUAAAGAAGCAGAACAAAUACAAAUUCUGUCACAAUGUGAGUAAAGUGGAAGAGAAGACGAGCUUUCCAGUGGAAAUAAAAAACUGUUUUCAACCUUUUGGAAUCUGAUUGGAAUAUUUCUCAAUGUGGAAUUCUGUUUGGACUUCAGGGUGUUUGUAGUGUCCCCAUGUCCUGGAGCCUUUGACAGAAGGAUGUUUCCAAACUUAGAGUCUUUUGACUUCUCAUGAAAACAACAGGAAUAUUUUUUAGUUCUUCCCUGGAGAACAAGAAGGAUUUUCUAAAAGGGGCUUUAAUUCCUGCUUUUAUGGUCUUUCUGGAGACUGAAGCUGCACACCCUGGACAGUUAGUAGUGGUUUGAAAAGCAGUUCUACUCUAAUUUUGUUAAUUAAAGACUUCACAAUUCAUUCUUCAAGCUUUAGACGUGCCUCCCACCAACCCCCUGCACCAAUCAUGGGCAAGCCUCUCAGCCGCCCUGGGUGUUUCAGGAAGAGCUCCUGCUGCCUGGAGAAACAUGGACUUGGGGAUGGGGGAGUGGGAGGGCGGGACGUUGGGAUGGAAGGGGGUUACGGCGACGGCUACAUCCCUCAGCGAUCCAUUUAUGACACCAUGUGCAUCAAUCAGCAGAUCGACAGCCAUCACCACCACUCCGGGGGGUCAGUGAGGCGGGACGGAGGGGGAGACGGGAGCUUCAGCUACUCCACCAGUGGCUCCCUGAGAGUCAGCAGAUCAGACAUGUUUGAUCCACAGCCACGCUCCUUAACUCCAAACCCUUCCUUCGUUCGGCGCCUGGAUGAGAGAGCCAUCUACGAUUCACUCAAGCUGGGAGUGGAGGACAUAGAUGGAUGCCACUCUCCAGGACAUUUCAAUCGAUCCGUCUCUCCCUCUGUGUCCUCCUUUUCUGCUCCAGGAGUGUCCUCCUCAUCAAAGAAGCACCACCAUCACCACCACCCUCACCAUGGAGACAGCACAAAGAGCAGAGAGAGCCGGCAUUCCUGGAAAGCAAUGUCAUCUCCUCAACCCUUGGAGUGUGUGGAGAUUCCUCCAGUGGAGCUGAUAGAGCGUGGGGGAGGCAGCUACCUGAAUCCAGGCCACUACCCAGGACCGGGUCAGUCCUCCUCUCUAACCUCCCCUCUCAUUUCACCUUUCUCCGGCUCACCUCUCUCCUCAGGAUACCACACUCCGGUGUUCUUCUCCCCAGCCAAACCUCGUCCCAGUCAGAGCCAGAGCCUGCGCUGUUCUCCUCCCCGUGUGAUGCACCCCAGGCAUUACUCCCAAACCCAAAGCCUGAGGCUGUCCCCCCCACAGGAGCUCAGAAGGUCCCCCUACAGGACUGCACUGGUCCAACUGUCUGCCCAUGACCUGGAGCAAGACCUGAGUGAGCGAGGUGGUGGAUGGGGCCGCAGCGAGCGCGACAGGGACUGGGAGAGGGAGCGGGAACGAGAGAUGGAGCGAGGUUGGGCCCAGCGCGAGUGGGAGAGAGAGAGGGAGAGGGGCAGGCUGGAGAGGGAGAGAGCCCGAGAGAGGGAGAGAAGGGAGACAUCCACUUUCGGGACGUUUGGUUAUGGCCGACCAGUUCCUCUACGCUCCGACAGAGACUCUGUGUUUAUAGAGUCUGAACACGGCUUGGACACAACUCCUCUGCUGCUCCCCCAGCCUUCCCCCUCCCCGUCCCCUAGUGGCGCUCCCAGGAUGGGUACUGGAGCAGUGGGGAGGAGCCGAGCCGGGUCAAAGGUAGGACCAGAAGGGGUUGGUGGAGGGAUGCCACCUAGGUGCGACAGUGGGAGUGUUAGUUUAGUGUUGGUGGAUGGUAAAUCUGGUUGCGGGCCCAGGUUAGUCAGCGAAGUCUUAAUGGGAAACAUGUCUGAGGUGGAAAUGAGAGCGUUAAACCAGGAGCACCAUCGAGCCGAAAGCUGGAACAAAUACGAUGACGGAUCCAGAUCCAGUGUGAAGAAUCUACCUGAAAAGAGGAUGGGCUCUCAGGUGAAAACUCGGGCAGGAGGUCGGGAUUUGGAGGGAAAAGUGCAGUCAGGGACAGAGAAUAAGGGAGGACAUAGAGGGACGUCUACCAAAGCUGGCGGAGCUACAAGUAGACAAGAGCGUUUACCUGAACACUCAGGCAAGAGUGUCGCUGAGAAGAUUGCUGGUUCUGCAGACAAAGUUCAAGUUGAAGCUGCUCCUGUUCCUGAAACCAAGUCGGAGCUUGAUUUUGGGGGUAUAGGUCACUUCCAACAGCCAGAGAACAAAGUUGGAACAGAGGUUGAACCUGAAUCACAGUCUAAUAUUGAUUUAACAUCUGACUCCAGUGUACAAGCUAAAGCUGAUGCUGAGAUUGCUCUUGUUUCUGAGCCAGAAGCAGAAACUAGGAUCAGUCAUGGAGAAGUAAAAGAGAGUGAAACUGUCAAUCAAGCUGAAAGUACAAGUGAACUUCAGGUAAGCUCCGUGGCAGCAGAUAAACCAGAAUCUGCUCCUGCAGAUCAAGCAGAGCGAAAGCUUGAGGAUUCUGGUAAACCCAAGUCAGUUCAUGCUGGGAAAAGCUCAAGAUCCAAGUCCAAAUCAUCCAAGUCCUGCUCCAGGUCUCGACCAGGCACAGCCACUGGGCUGCGUCCGGGAGUACUGAGCCCCCGAGAAAGCAAACAGCUGGAAGACUUUGAAUCAGCUGGACCACCUGAGGACAUCGAGUCCACCUGGCCUCGCAGAAUCAUAGUCCGAAAGAGGACUGUCCGCCAGGGAGGGGCGCUCCACAAUCUUCCUAUCCUCCCCCCACUCCCUUCUGUCUUGUCAGCCCUGGAGAAGAGGCAUCCACACCUACGGCAUGGUUCAGAGAAUCCAUUAUCAAAUCUGAUGAACCCUAUUGUAGGGCGAUGCUCACUGAGGGAAGCUGCUCACCCAGAGCCUGGACAGGGGAGCGGUUUGGUAGGCCGGGCAUCUCUCAGGGAGCAGAACCUGGAGCACUGGAGAGUCUGCAGAGAGCAAGAGGAACACAGGAGGUCGAGAAGUCGGGACAAACGAGGGGGGGAGAGUAGGAACAAGGCAGAGAAAGAGGAAAACAAAGGAAAGGAGGAGAAGAGAGAAGAAACCCUGAAGAAUGAGAAGGUAGUUGUGGAGGAAACCAAACAACAUAAGACAAAGAUAAACGUGGAAGAAAAUCUCCAGACAGAUGUUGCUAAAAACAAGAAAGAGGAAAAAGAGAUGGAUGUUGAAGUAAAGCCUGAACAAGUGGAGGAUCAAGGUAUAAAGAUUAAAGUUGGUCCAAAAGAGGAGGUAGAAGCAAAACUACAUACAGAGAAACUGGAGGUGGAUGGCCGACAAGUACUAACUCUUGGAGAGGAAGGAGGAGUAGAGGGUUGGGAUGCGGUUCUUGACAUGGUCAACACUCUUUGGAAUAAUGACUGGGAAAAACGGGAAGCAGGUGGAGAAGAAGGAGGAGAUCCAGAGUCCCCUUCAGGCUCCCUGCAGCGAUGGCCUCUCCUCAGGCCACCCAUCGGCUUUGGGGGCUCUCAUCCUCCCUCCUCAGCAGCCUCAGAGCUCAGCCUGACGGAGUUGGAAAGGAGGGCCCGGGAGUUGGACUCGGACCUGGAACACCUGGAUCUGUCGCAGCCCCAACGGGAUGUGUACCAUUCGCUGAUGGAACCAGGAAGGGAACGAGGCGACAUGUACCAAACACAUCCCGGGCCACAAAGAGACAAAGCUCCCCUUCACACAGGCGUUAGCAGCAGAUCCCAGGUCAGUCUGGAGCUGAAUGCGAUGACACCAACCGACACCGACAGGUCAACUAGUGACUGGUCAACUAAAUCUGCCAGCACCCCCACUGCUGGACCGAGCUCCAAUAAGGAGGACAGCUCUCCGGACUCCAACCUGACAUUGGAGUCUGACUCCAGUGGCGUCUUUCUCUCCUUAUCCAAUCAGAGCCAGGAGGAUGGCGGCUCUGACAGCGACCAGCCAAUCAGCGACUCUGAACUGGGCAGCAGCAACACUUCACUAGAGAAAGAUAUGGAUGAUGGAGGCUUGAAGGAGUGGGGAAGGGAGGAGAGCUCCGAGCUCCAGUGGUGUUACCCUUCGCUGCUCAACACACCAUCCUAUGAAGAUGUGGACGGACACGGCGGCGGAGAGGACUCAGGGUGUGGAGACGCCGGCGUGGACCAGGAUGACCCUCCAGCAGAGCAACCUGACAUAAAGGUCUCGUUCACUGCCCCCCAGAGGCAGGAAGCGCCGCCCAGGAAGAAAGUAACCGUGAUGGGCAUGGACCCGCCCCUUCCUCUUUCUCCUUCCAAGCAACAAAUCAAACACCUUCUAGAUCCGUACCAGAAGCCACUGAGAAGCUCAGGCCUGGACUGCGGGGACGUGGAUCCCUUCGUCCAAUCAGACAGCUUCGUCUACCUCGCCGUGUCUGCAAGACCUCUGCCCAAAGGUGAAGCUGCAGGACUUAAAGAGAUUUCUACCCAUGAUGCAAAGGAGCACAACAUCCAGAUACAAGCAGGAAGCACCGAAGCUGAGGGACCCACCACAGACCCUAAGAUGGCCACCAUUGCUCCACAGAAACCAGAGGAGGGAGACUUCCUCUGCACCGACAGCUUCGUCUACCUUGCUGCUCCAGCAUGCCUCCUGCUGGGCCCCGCUGGAACUGCACCGUAUGGUGGCAAGUAGGUAGAGAGGCAUCCAUCCAUCCAUCCAUCCAUCCAUCCAUCCAUCAACAUCCAACCAUCAAUCCAUCCAUCCAUCCAUC